GUUGCGGCAGGUAAGCCAAAGAUUCCGCGCGCUUGGUCCAUCCACAUGCAGCUUUCUCGUCUCCUCGCAUUUCGACUCUUUCCUUCUUCUGCCCUGCCUCAUCAGUCGAUGCCUUUGGGGAGCGUGGUACCCUGUUCACCUCGACCCUCAAUCUGCUCAAUGUCCACGACACCAUACUAAAGUGGCCCUUCGUCGUCUGCUUCCACCGCUUGACCGCCUUCUAGAUGAGCCAAAAUCGCCUGCAACACCAUGGACCGCCAACCUGCGCCGCCGCCCUUCCAGCGACCGCCAGACCGCCCCAUGAUGCAUAACGCAAACUACCAGCCUCCCACCACGCAAGCCUACAAUGGCUAUCCUCCCUCGACUUCGCAGCCGCAACCACAGCAGCCGCUCUACGCUCCCUUCGCAGGAGACCCAUACUCGAUGCCUCGACGCGAUCCCUUCUUCCCUGCCGCUUCGCAACACGUCCGACGGACUAGUCAAGGAGUGCCUGGGGGCAACAACACGCCGCAACGGCAGGCUGAGGGACAGGGACAAGGACAAGGACAAGGUGGCUGGGCAUCUACAGCGCGACCCAGUAACGGAAACUAUGGUCCUCAUCAUCACUCCCAGCUCGGUCCUCCACCACAGCCAUCCAUGAGCACCUCAAACAACCCCCCAGGGCCGUCGCCCUAUGGCUACGAUGCUGCGCGCAGACGCUCACUCAACGGCGGAAGCCCCUCGAACCCAUACGGAGCGUCACCUCACGAUCCUCCUCCGCCGCCGUCCUUUGCACGACCGCAGAUGCCCCCGCCAUCGUCGCCGCCGCAGCAGCAGCAACUCCACGCGUCGCAAGCACAACGCCCGUCGUACACCUCCAACUUUGGCGCAAACAGAGAGCUCCCUGCGCUAGGACAGGCGCUGCGACCGGGGAGCAGCAUGUCCAUCUCAUCCCUUAUCGGUGCUGGUGACACAGAUGCUCCCAUACAGACAACACAAUCACAGCCGUCACCUCCCACAAACGCGCCGUCGUUGAACAGUCACAGCAUGCAACCGCCCUCGCCCCGACGUGGCUUACCAGCUGCACCGCGAUCAGAGUUCGCUCCCUUCCGACGCCAAUCGUCGCCCGACCGCAACAUAUACGGAGUCAACACAUCAAGGCCACCUGAAGGGCACGGCUUCUCUGUGGGGUCGCCUACACAAUCCUACAGCAAUCGCGGUUCUCCCCAACUAGGUCGGCAAUCUCUGCCUCCAACUACCCAGCCCUAUAAGCCUAUGGGCUUUCCGGGCCAACGUCUUUAUACACCAACCGAUUCGGGCCGGCCGCCUUCUGGAAGCGUCCCACCCCGCCCGAACAGCCAGCCAACUGGACCCCUUGGACCUCUAGAACAAGAAGGGGGGUCAUUCUACAACGCUCUAGGGGGGCGGCGUAGCGCAUAUGGGGUACCUGAGGAACGAAGGCGAACUUUAGGGGAGUUGGCUAGGCCCAACGCUGUGGAGCUUCUGGGAGGCACCAGUCAGAGUGCAUUGGAAAGAGAUCGCCCUGUUACGGUGCACCCCGUGUCGCAGUCCAUUUUCAGUCCGCCUCGUGAGCAACACAGCAUCGCUGGCCCAACAGAGCCUCCACGUAACCUUUGGCGGCAUUCAGCGCCCAUCGAAGCUCCCAACGAACCUACCGAAAGCCGACGUGAAGAGCAUACAACACUGCCUCGAACCUAUGGUUCGUACCCUUCACCCUCGCUUGGUGCUCCACGGUACGGUGGCCUAGGCGCUGAAGACCUGAUUCGAGGACGUGGUGUAGAUCAGUUGAGUAACCGCGUGGUAGAGCAGUACCAUGCCCCCCCUACGUCAGAUCCCAACUCUCUCGAGCGACAUAGGCCUGAGCCACUUGCUCGCUCUUUAUCCUCUGGGGGUCGAUCUCUGUACGACCAGUCACAAAGAAUGGGAGAGGCCAUGCAGCAUUCGAAAUCACACAUUGGCUUUGGGUUGGAUGCCAAUAGAAGGACAGGACGUGCAUCUCCACUGCCACAGGCUGUCCAAGGAGCUCAAGGACAGCCGUUGUCGAUUGGCAAAGACCCUGGCAUCAAGAGUGAGUUUGGGCGCAUGUUUUCCGGUCUUGGAAGCGGGUUGGGUUCGUCAACACCCUCGCGUGGCAGUCCGUUGCCACAAAACGGAACAGGUUCCUUCUCCCACGACUCUGAAGUCGGCGACAUGAUGAGACUUCAGCGGGUCAACUCCCAACAAGGAAGAAAGCCUAAACGUGUCAAGGACGAGGAAGGCAUCUUCGACGUUGAAAGCGUCGACGGGAGAGGGACACCCUCUGGCAUCCGCGGUGCUAAACGAAAUAAGCACCAUCACCACCAUGCUGCUGCACCACACCAUCAUCACCAUCACCAUCACCAUCAUCACCAUAAACCAGACGAAGAGAUUCCACUUUCCACCACAUCUACUCCACUGAAUGGGAGGCAGCCGCCGCUCGCGCAACCUAGCGCAGUCCCGCCAGUACACCAUCAUCACCACAUUCAAGGGACACCACACCACCAUCACCACAUUCACACACCCCGAGUUAACCAGCAGCAACCGCUCCCUGCGGUAAAAGUUCAGGUUCAGGUCCACGACAUCGAGCCUAUCCUCGAAGAAGCUGCCAAACACCCUCGGCGGCACCUUGGGUCACAUUUGUACGAAGCCACGGCAGAAUUGCCUAAGCCUAAUUCGUCCUUGGAUGAUCAAUUUGGAUACGCCUCCAAACCGAAAUGUUUACCUCGAUUUGAAGCCAACCCAAUCAACUGCACCUUUACCAUUAGGGUACCAAGAUUCUAUUUGAAGCCACGCCAACGGCAACACAUUGUCUUGGAGCGGCAUCUCUGGGGUGCGCGUGUAUACCGCGAUGACUCGGACCCUAUCGCUGCUGCCAUACAUUCUGGGUGGAUUCGAGGAGAGUGGGAUGAUACCGUCGAUGUCACCAUGCUCGAUCCACGCAUCACGGUGCCCAACGAAGCCACAGAUGCGGAAGAAACGCUCACAAAGGCGCCAGCCGCGCCCGUGACACCGCCUGUCGAUAUGGAUUUGCAGAUCGAGAUCCUCAUUCUGCCCCAACUGCAGGAAUACAGCAGCUCGGUCGAAUACGGAAUUGCGAGUAGGAAGGGCAAAGCACACGAAGGUCUAAGCUUUAUGAUCAACAAGAUUCGGUGGGUUGACGAAGGAAUCGGCAGUCGGGGCCAGGAACGCACAGCAGCAGCGUUGAAGCGCAGGCUUGACGCCGGUGCCACGCUCCUUGCUCUCCAGAGUGGAGUCGAAGACACUCUCCGAAUCAACGGGAUGGCGAAAUUGCACGCUUGAUGCUGGACAGGAUUUUCUUGACAUGUCACGGCCGCCUCUGGUUAUCUGAGCGUACAGCUCGGUUUUGUAGCAUUAGGAUGAUUUGUUCAGCAUUGCUAGAUACCCGUAUUUUUUUUUUACAGCUUGACAUUGGCGCAGGAUUGCAUUUAGCGACUGGGGAGGUUUAUGUAUUGGGUAGCCCGUAGCGUAGGAGAGCGAUGAGAAAGUAAAGACGGUUGGCUCGAUGCUAAGUGUGUCGGUCUUCCCUGACCUAUGGAGAUGUGC